AUGUCAUCGACCUCCUCCUCCUCCAUCUCCACCUGGUGGACCAACCUCUCCAUCUACGCGCGCGCCGGUCUCGUGAUCGGCUGCCUCCUGGCCUUCCUCUUCCUGUUCAGCACCAUCGUGCUCUGCAUCGUGCGGCGCGGCCGCCUCCUCACCAGCAGACGUCGUGGCGCCUCCGUCCCGAAACCGGCGUACAGAAGCCCCCAACCAGCAGCUGAGAGCAAAUUCACGCACAGCACCACGGUCGAAGUCCAGGACGGCGACGAGGGCGCGUACGCAGGGCAGAGUCGUUCCGGGUUUGGGGCUGGGGCGAUGCCGCCGCUGUUGGGGGAGGAGGUGGCGUUGCGGGAGUAUGAUGGGCGAGGGCGUGGGUAUGGGUAUGAGUAUGGGUAUGGGCACGCGCAUGGGUAUGGAGUUGGAGAUAAGGGGGAUGCGGACGGGUAUGCGCGGGAAGAAGGUGUACAGAGAGAGCAGAGGACGUGGAAUGCCGUGUGA